AUGAACUAAUCAAAUUGGUUUUCAAUAGACGAUUUAGAAUUGUAACAUUAAACAUCUCCAGCCAAUCCUCCAGUUAUUAAAGAGAGAAAAUUACCAGAAAAAUUAGACAUGGAUUCUAUACUAUCUUAAUAUAAAUAAAUAGAAAUCAAUUCAAAUCUAAUCAAAUAUAUAGUUUUUGAGAAUGAAACAACAGAAAAUACUAAAUAAAUUAAUGUUAAAUCAAAGAUUAAACUAAAAUGUGAAGAAAGAGAUUUAGAAGGAAAUCUUGCUAAUAAGGGUACUAAUAAUAUUUAGGCAACUAAAAUAUCAAUGGCAUCUAGCAUUCCUUAUAUAUAAGGUUUAAAAUCUGCUUUUCUUACAAUGAAAGAAGGUGAUAUUGCUUGGUUCAAAUUAUCUAAUGAAUAAAUGUAUACAGAAUAAGAAAUUGCAAGUGGAAUUCCAGUCUAGAAUUUAUAAAAAUAUUUCAAAAUUGAUAUAUUAGAAGUAACAUAACCUGAACUUCCAAUAGAUUUAACAAGUUUAGAAAAGUAAUAUAUAUUAAUAUCUUUUAAGUCGUCUAAAGUAGAUGGAAUUAUUUAAAAUUGAAGGAAAUUAAUUUUAUGAAAAACAAUAAUAUUAAAGUGCAUUAUUAAGAUAUUAAAGAGGAUUAAAUUUUCUAGAAAAAUGGCCUAAAAAAUUUGAAAGCAAUCCUGUUGCUAUUGAAGCCAAAAGGAAUUCUUUAUUAGUUUUAUCAAGUAAUAAGGCAUAAUGUUUGAUAAAGUUAUAAGAUUAUAAAUAAGCAAUAUCAGUACUUGAACCUUUAAUUGGUUAAAUGAGAAACAAAGUAUUUAUUUUAGUUUAAUUAAUAUUUUAGUAAUAUGAAGUUAAGAAUUACUAUAGAUUAAUAAGUUGUUUUCAUAAAAUAGAUGAAUAAGUUAAGGCAGAUUUCUAUUAUAGAUAAGUAAUCCAUAUGUGUUAGCUAUCAUAAGAAGAAAAACACCUUUUUAAUUCUAUCAAAUUCAAGAAAUGA